AAGGAAUAAUAGGUCUUAUACAGUCUGGUUCCUUGAUUAAAUGAGCUGCAGACAACCAGGGAACCUGCAACAUAAAACAAAACACAACAACUUUGGAAGUCCGUCUCCUCUGGGGCCACAGUCUAUGACCUUAUUUUUGUAACUGCUUGUGGCGUCUCCCCUCAGAGCCUCGUGGUCGGUAAUGUUGUUAGUUUAGUGCGGUAAUCGGCUGUGCUGAAUACUGAUGUGCAUCUCCUCUUGUUCACCAGUAGGAUGAAGAUCCUCCAGUCUUUACUUAGAGAUGUUCGUGCCUUUAUUUCCUGGGUUGCUACUUGUACUAUCUUUGUAACCUAUGACUACUGCAAGAAAGCUCUUUGCACAACAAAACCAACUUCAUCCUCUGCCUGAUUAGCCUAUAUGUUAUGUCUACAGAUGUUAUGACCCAACCGCUAGGGUCAGCUGGGUGUAACAAAAACAACCAGUUGUCGUUGGUUUAAGUAAAGGAAUUUAUUGCUCAGUGGCAAAUUUAAAAUAAAAGUGAUCAAACAAAGAAAAACAAGAUGGCGGAUGUUGCUAAAUCAAAGAAAAACAUAAAACCAAAGGCUAACAGUUUUAAUCUAGCUAAACAAAAGCUAAACAGCUAAACUCCUUAGACAAACCUAAUCACAACAGCAACACCCACCAGAAACAACAGAAACUACUAGUGACUAGUGGACAGAAUUAACUAAAUGAAACUGGUGCCUCUAAACACACACAUUUCCAACGAAACAGCACACAAAACACCACCCCUCAGUGGCUACAGGACACACACACGUAGCUUCUCACCUACUUAGUCCGCUGUUAGCAGGGGUUGCAGUCUUCACCAAGACUUGAGAACCUCUCACCGAAUUAGCAGCUGCUAACAGAAGCUUGACUUCUGGGUAGCCACCUCUCAGUGGCCGAGGGGUCCGUUUCACAAAGCAGGUUCACCAAACUGAGUGUAACCCUGAACUCUGAGUUGAUCUACUCUGAGAAAGGAAACUGAGUUUCCGGUUCCAGAACAGCUGAUUUGAGUUGGUUUUAUCAACUCGGAGUAGUUUCACCCGGAGUUAAGCAACACAACUAUAAAAAGACAGUAUCAAUGGAGCCAUGAUUCGACGAGUCACCAUGGUAACGGGGAAGCGCAGGGCUGCGUUUUUCACCCCACUUGAAUUGGAAAUAUUAAUGUGCUCAUAUGGCGAGUUUGAACACGUUUUUAGAAAGAAGUGCAACACCACUGCAGCUGCAAAAGAGAGGGAGAAGGCGUGGGAGAACAUUGCUGCCUGGGUCAAUGCAUAAGUUUAAAUGUAGUCCUUUGCAAUCACAAUAAUAUUACAGGGGAAAACUGUUUGAAUGGUAGCCUAUUAAGUCAUUGCAUUUAGGUGCAAUCCCACGGGGUAGAAGCGCAUGUGGCAGCAGCUUAAGAUGAAAUAUAAGAACACUCCCUGGGAAAUCCUAAAAGAAAUUAAAAUGACUAAUCCCAGUCUGAGGUUGCAGCACAAUGUCAAUAACAGAAUAUGAUUUAAAAUUAAUUUGACAGAUCUCUACAUCAUUCACCUGCAAUCCUGUGGAACUCCUCCUUGAUGAUUCUGACAGGUUUAUGUUCAGGGAAAACCACAAAGAUGGUAAAAGCCGUUUCAGGGCCAGACACACUUUUCUGAGCGCUCUGCAUACAGUGGCCUUACUGAGGUGCUCUGCAUCUCUGACAUUAUACAAAAAACUUCCAUUUGCAAAGAACCGCAGCGCAACACACAAUAUCUGAUGGGCUGUGAGAGCAUGACUGUGGUUGGUAAUGUUGCAAAUGUAAGGACGGAUUAGGUUGUGUAUGUAGAUUAUGGACUGUGACGUGAAACGGUACCGCUCUAAAAGAUAAUUGUACAGGAAUGCAAGAACAUCUAUGUGUGGUCUGAUAAAUCUCAGCUGUUCUGGAACCGGAAACUCAGAGUUUCUUAUCUCAGAGUAGAUCAACUCAGAGUUCAGGGUUACACUCAGAGUUUGUUGAACCUGCUUUGUGAAACGGACCCCAGGUCUUCAGCUCCAGACUCAUUAGCUGAGAUGACUGGCAGCUGGGGUUCUGGAGAGGCGCUUAAGUAUUGAUUGGAGACAUGUUCAUGCAUAUGUUCUCAUAUAAUGCAAAAUGUGUGCAGUCCACUCUAAGAAGCAAUUUAAUAAUUCCAAUUUGGUUUACAUCAUCUCCAAGCCUCUUUUUUAAAAAAAUAUAUGCACAUUUUAAUUACCUAUUAGGACCGAGAAAAGCAUUUUCCUAAAAAACUUGAAAAACAUGAAAAAGUCUAAUUCAUUUUGUGUGUUGCUACAGUCAUUCAAGCUGUCUGCAAGAUCCAAUGCUGUUCAAAGUUUUAAAAAGUUAGAGUACCUGCAGGACGGCUAGUCGCUCCACGUUCAGCAGUCAGCAGAUGGCAUUUUGUCAAAGUUAUUAGCCCCCUCAUGAAAUUUUUUUUUUCCAAAAAAUCCUCAAGUGCUGUUAAACACAUCAAGGAAUUUUUAACACAGCUUUUCCAAACAUCCUAGUUUUAUUUUGGAUGCUUACAUUAUUUUACUUUGCACACAUAAACAAAAUUGUUUAACAAAAACAAAAAACUACCAGGGUCAAAAUUAUUAGCCCCCUUGAUGCUAAUGGUCAAUUGUGUUUUUGCUGGAUAACAGCUUGCAGCCGUUUGUUGUAGUUUAUAGCAAGUCUCUGACAUCUCCUGAGGAAUCCCAACACAUUUUUCUUUGGCAAAUUUCUCAAGCUCCUCCAGAUUUGAUGGUCUUCUGCCAUGGACCUGGUCUUCAGUUGACCUCACAGAUUGUCAAUGGGAUUCAAGUCAAGGCUUUGUACAGUCCAGUCAAGAACCUUCACUUUGGUCUUCUGGAGCUCAUUCUUCACCACGAGCAAAGUAUGUUUUGUCAUGUUGGAAGACAACGCAAUGACCCAGACCCUCAAAAUCUUCAUACAGUGAAUUAAAGGUUUUCGGAUACCCCAUACAGUUGUGAAAUAUUAGCACUGAUAGUAUCUAUCUAUCUAUCUAUCUAUCUAUCUAUCUAUCUAUCUAUCUAUCUAUCUAUCUAUCUAUCUAUCUAUCUAUCUAUCUAUCCAUCCAUCCAUCCAUCUAUCCAUCCAUCCAUCCAUCCAUCCAUCUAUCCAUCCAUCCAUCCAGCCAUCCAACAUACGCAAAUCAUGAAUGUGUCUUGAAUGACACUAAAUAGGGAUCUCCUAUCCCUGAGCACACUCGAUCCCGCCAAGUGAUUCGAUGAUGACGAACCAUACAGUCUAUGUGACAAACCGAACCAAUCAGGUGAUUCGUUGCUCCAACGUACGUCAAACGUCACGAGUCAUGUGACCAAAACACGCCUCGGCACAGUAGUUCAAUAUAUUUGCUUCUGCUGUCCAAAGCUCUGGAGGCUGCGGUCCUUCAGCAGCUACACGCUUCUGUUUUGUUUAUUUAGCCAAACAUUAGUGUCACAUUUAAAAGGUUUUCGAUCGAGACGUGAUGCAGACAGCAGAGUCUGAAGGCGCUCAACAGUCGCUGGUUUUCUUUGACCUGGAGACGACUGGACUGGAUCAGCAGUGUGAGAUCGUCCAGCUGGCUGCGGUCAGCGGCCUCCACUCUCUGAACCUCUACAUCCGCCCCCGGGGUCCGAUGCAGCCAGGAGCUGCCAGAGUGACCGGCUUCAGGGUCCGAGAACAGAGGCUGUACCUGCACCACCGGCCCGUCCUCACCAACUCUCUCCGAGAGGUGCUGGUCGCCUUCAUAGCCUUCCUCCAGAUGCUCGGACGUCCUCUGCUCAUCGGACACAACAUCCGUCGCUUUGACUGUCCUCUGCUGGCCCGGUGCCUCGACCAGCUGCAGCUCAGAGUGAAGUUCGAGGCUUCGGUCUCUGGCUGUGUGGACACUCUGCCGCUGACUCGGGAGCUGCUGAAGGACCGCGGCCUCCGGAGCUUUGGACAGGAGAACCUGGUCAGGGAGCUGCUGGGAGUGAACUACAAGGCCCAUGAUGCUUUGGAGGACGUGCGGGCAUUACAGACACUGUAUGGUGUUCUUCAGCCCCAGCCAGAGGUGAUCCGUAGGCAUAAGUUCACUCUGGACACCAUGAGCAGCAAACUAGCAGUGACAGCUGCCAAAGUAUCCUGCAGGAACCCUGGACCGCAGUGAAGGUCACACAGGACGCUGAUACACUUUUACCCAACUAUUAUUAUAUAACUGACACUUUUGGACAAAUAUUGUAGACAGGCACAAAAUAAACAGUGGACUAUACACUGCAUCUCACACUGUGUGCAGGGAAGGAGACAUUUAUGGUACUUUUCUCCAGAACAAACUGAGACUAAGCUUCAGUCUAGCAGUACUGUCACUGUUGGAUCACAUGACUGAGUGUGCUCACAAACAGUGCAGCACAUCUGGAAGUCACUACUUACUAACUACUAUGCAGGGGUUCUUUCACAGUGUGAUUUCUCUGCACUCGCAUCGUUUCUCUACUUCAGUUUCAUUGCACAUGAUGAUUAAAGAUGUCAGAAUCCAUUGCAGCUGAUCAUUUCUGGCUCUGGAAUUGUCAGAUGUUGAAAUCCACCAUUGCUUUUCUUUGUCAGUACCAAAUAAACAGUCACACUGUC